GCUGCUGUUGUUUAAAGGACAAGACACAUAACUGACUUUUGUGUAUGUGCGUGUGUGCGCGCGCGCGCGCGCGUGUGUGUGUGUGUGUGUGUUUGUGUGUGUGUGUUUUACAAGCUGGAUUAAACCUGGACUGCACUAGAAAACGGAAUUUGUAAAUCUGCCAGUGUCCACAUAAGAAUGAGAUCACCUGUCAGAAUGGAAAUGAGCACAUGGACUCCACCUGUCAUACAGAGCAGGCUACCUUAUCCACCCCAGACUCUCUCUAGCAGGCCAUUUUGCCCAACACAGAAGAUGGAAUACGAUCUACAGCAAAAAAGCUUUGAUCAACAAUCUGUCAGAUUAAGCAAUCCGCAUGCUUUCUCUGAGCCUAUGUCAAGAUCAGCUAAUUUGCAACCAAACUGGACUCCACAGAUGUGGAACAGUGGAUUCCACAAUCAGUUGCUUUACAAAUCUCCAGCUUCUGGCAGUAAUCCUCCAUCACAUAUUGUACACCAUGCAUCUUUAAAGGCAGGAAACCUCGACUGUGAUCCACCGGUCUUAAAUACCACUUAUCAGAGGAAUUAUAAGGACCUGCACUCCAUGCAAAGUAUCAGAUGUACUUGUAGCAAUACAAAUUGUGUAUUUAAAAAUAGUUGUUGUAGGUAUGGUUUAAUUCCACCUUGGCAACACCCUUUAAACAGACACCAUGGAGUACGUGCUACACACCAGCCUGCAGCUCAGUCACAGGAGGCAUCUUUAAAUUCUCAGAUUAAUCAAUCAGCACUGACAACUAUCAUGAAUCAAGGACAAAUUAGUGCAGUAGGACAACACAAUGAAACACCCAGCUCUGUAGCACAUGUUCCUGCUGCAUCACGUGUACCAGUGAAUUCACUGCAACCUUCAAGGUUUAUAAUUAACAGCUGUCAGAAGAGUCAGAGUCAGGUUCAAAAACCAUUACGCCACCCUUUACCAUCCAGAGAAUAUGAUGGUUACAUUGAGUUAAAGCAAAUAAAACCCCCAAGAAAAACCCCAUAUCUGCCAAACAGGCAUGUGAAUUCUGCCCAGGUUAAGCAAAGUCGGAAACAAUUUGUUCCCAUUUUACCUAAAGACAGAAUCCAGUCUCAGGCCACAAAUAUUUCUGGCCAUCACAACACAAACUUUGCAACAUUUACUGCUAUUCCAAGCAGUACACAUCAACAAGGUCUACAAUCAAACACAGUGAGUGGAAUGACUGCAAACUCCCAAGGCAUAACCUCUAUUAGCUCUUCCACCAGUCACACAUCAUCUUCCACUUCAGGUUCAGGAUCUGCUAAAUACUCUCAUUGUAUUCUAUUAAAAACUUUACUGCAAAAUGACAACAGUCAGAACUCCAGUGUUGUCUCCCAGUCUGCUAAGAGCAAAGGUGGAUCCCAGCAAUCUACAUAUGACCAUACAGCAAGAUUCAUCACUACUGCAGAAAACUACAGUCAAGACAAGGCAAGGCAAGGUCAGAAGCAGAAGGAACCUGCUAAAGAACCAGGUAUUUCAAGGGGGAAUGCAAUUAGUCAUCUUGCAGGUCCACAACCGCCAAGGCAGAAUGAGAGGACUAAUUGGAAAAAGAGAAAUGACCAGAUGGAGUCCUGCAUAGACCCAGCUGUGUCGGAAAUGCUGGUAAAUUCACAGCUCGGCAUAGUUCAAGUGAACGAGGUAGUAGCUGUUGUUCCACCCAAUUCUCAGCAGGCCUGUAGUCAUGGAUACCAGAAUGAUGUUACUACAAGCACCAAUUUCAGGCCUGUCUUGAAAACAAAUAGUGCUAAGAAUGUUUUUGAGGAGCGUAAGAACAUGGAGAAGGAGACAAACGUACCAAAUGCGGUCUUUAAUCUCAUUGAGGGUCUGCCUCAGGUACCAUCUUUACCAAGUUCAUUACCAAGACUUGGAUCAAUCUCUGAAAUGCCUACAUCUGAUAAAGAUCCAACAUCAAGCUCUCAAAGCUGUGAGAUUACUCAGUGUGAAAAUGACCCUUUGUGUACAACCCAAAUCUCUAACAAACUUCAAGAUUCUGUUCACGCUGUCGACUCAACAUCAAAAGUUUCAGUAGAACAAAGUGAUGUCCAACAACUUGAAUCGUCUUCUGAAGACACUGUAUUUGAUUUGUCCACAGUUCCAGUGGUUGAAUAUACUUUGCAGGAACUGAAGGAUUUGGUGAACUCUUUAGAGGUCAAACCAGCAGAGAGAGACAAAUCGAUGAUAAAUGUUGUAAAGUGCAUUGUAGAUCUGUUCUAUAAUGGGGACAAGAAAAACUUGGCCCAUUUAGCAGCAUUAAAGGAUAUAUUUAAAAUUUCAUCUGAAUUGUGUGUAAAAGAAAUGCAUUCUCUGGUUCUUCAGUACAUUUUACCUAAACACAUAAAAAUGCUGGAAAAUUGUCCCCAAACCCUGACAAAUGAAACCACAAUACCAUUUGAGGGCUUUAAAUCAUCCUGGCUGAAUGUGGAUGGACAACCAGCUGAUGUGGAUAAUGUUUUUGAGGAACCCAUUUCAGACAGUAACCCCACAUGGUUCAAGAAGAUUUCACAGUCAGUGUCUGAAAGUGUUAUGAUUGUUGUAGACAGUGUAGCCCAGACCGGUACAGAUAAUCCUGAAGAUGUGUGUGUGAAUGUUCCUAAAGACAUACCAAAGACCACAACAGAUAACAUUCCUGAAGAUCAGAUGAGGAAACCUGAACAUUCUUCAAUGAUACUUCCAACUGCUGAUUGCAAGAAAGACAAGAUGAUUGUUGAGAAAGGUUGUGUACGUCGAACACCCACUAAACUCUCUGAGAUGCACAGAAUAUCAAAAAAACAAUUCACCCAGCAACUACAUGAUGAAAUAGAUACGGUCAAAGAUAACAUGCGAGCAUGCAAUGAGCAAUCACUUGCAAGCAGUUCUAAUGAAUGUGAAACAAAUAAUAGUGAUGUAUUUGAAGAGGCAGAUGUUUCUGACAAUACAGAUUUCACAGAUGACUUACCUGAAAUCAUCCUUCUCUCAUCUGAGGAAGCUAGAAAAAUCUUUGCUGAUUGUUUUGAAAGGGACAAGAAUAGAGAGCCUCCUCAGAUAUGCCACAGAAAGGAAAGAAAGGAUUUGGUCACACAAAACCAGUCAGUCAAUGUAAAACCACAAGAUGACUUCAAAUUCACUUGCUCUCACAUGAUUGGCUUAGGAGAUGGCAGUGACAAUUUCUGCCCAAGUUGCUGGAAUGAGACACCAGUACUUAAUUUUGAUGAAGAUGAAACUUUGCUCACCCCUAUGGAGGAGGUACUUAAUACGGACAACAAGAGACAAAGUCUUACUAGACAGUCUGGAAAACCAAUUAAAUAUCCAAGUGUAUCUGUAAGCCCAGAGUGUGGCAACAUGAUCACAUCCACCCAAAAAUCUAAUGGAUCUGAUGUGAUGAGAGAUUCUAAUCCAGAUGAACAGACACAAAGGUCUAGUCCACCAACUGCUCGAGACCCACACCAUGGAACAGCAGGCACCAAGAACAGCAACAUCACUAUGGCGUCAUCACUAAUAGAAGCUCAAUCAAGGAAUUCGCCUUUUGAUAAUGUAAAAUCCCCCAAAACUGACGUAGUUCCUGAUGCAGAUGAUAUCAGAUUCAGCCCUGAUAUUGUUAUUAAAAAUAUUCGGACCUUCAAACAUCCAAGUGACCACAGGUCUACAUCUAGGAAUGGUGGCCAGUGUAGUGAUGAUAGCAAACAAAGUGGUAACUUUCCUGUCAGAAAGACAUGUGCUGAUCCGCUUUCCCUCAAAACAAAAGUAGGUACUCCUGCUCAAAUGCCAAGGGGCAGUGGAACACCUAAACUCAAGAAUGCAUUACCCCAUAAGCAAAAGAGACCAAUCAUCAUGGGAAAAGGACACAAUGGACAACACAACCAGUCAAAGAAACUGAGAUUAGAAAAUUAUGGAUCCAAGAGUAGCAAUUCAAACUUCCAUCGUGAAAGGAACUUGCACUCGGCUCCUGUUUACCUCACAGUUUCUCCCAGUCCAAAUACUGAAAAGUACUACACAGAUGAGCAAUCAGCUAUGGAAAAGGUCUACAGCCAAUGGAAGAGCACAUUCAUACAUCCACAAAAGAAGUCAAAGAAGAAGCAUGUGGAGGAUCAUCUGAAGUCCAAAAUACAAACAUUGAAAAUAGCUCUGAAAGAAAAACUCCUGGCUAUUUGACAGAAACAAUCAAAUAAAUGGGAAUAAAGGAGAAAAAGGGCUGAAGAACAUGUGUAAAGGUUUGCAUAAACUAAACAGAAAUAAACAUUUAUGCUGGGUUUUCAAUAAUUUUAUGUUUUUAUUUUUGAUGAAUACCAAUUCCAAUCUUCUGAAGUGAGGUUAGCUGAGGCAUUUGUUUAUGGCUUACGGCUAUGCGCAGACAGUCCGAGGCCGAUUUCCAUUUUUAGGCUGCAUUUCUUUUGCCUUAAAUGCAAUAUUUGCAGUAAUCUAUGCAAAUUGUAUGAUUUGAUCAAGUUGAAAUUGACAUUAGUUACUUAUCUGCUUAUCUGUAAUGUUUUAGACUGUAGUGCUGUAUCAGUUCUAAAUAAAAACUGUCUUUGGGAUUGUUUUGAUGGUAAUCAGAUAUACCUAAGCAGCAGUUUGUGGUAGCAUAUUACUGAUAGGAAACCACAACCUUUGAAGCUGAAGAGCUGUUGCAGGAAGUGUUUAAGUGCAAAACGGGUCUGAAAGCAAAAACAAAACUCAGCAAAAUAUGUUUGAAGUGAUAUGUAAACCAGGAGGGAAAACAUUUUGGUAAUUUGAUCAAAAUUAAAGAAAAAACAAGAAGCCCAUAAAAUGUGCAAGCAGCUGUGACUGAAUUAGGAGGUCAGAGAAAAAUUAAUAAUAGGAAAAAACUGUAAUAGUAAAAUGAACGAAUAAACAGGUGAGGUGUAAUCAAAAGACCUGAUUCAGUAGUCUUACUUGACCUUGUGGAAGAAAUGGAAUAAUAUCCUAUUUCCUAUCUACAAAUGUUUUUGUGACCUCAGUUUGAUCUAAUUUUCGUUUCUUACUUUCUGUCAUGUGAUAAUCCUUUGGUACAGUUUUCUGAACAUCUGCAAAAUAUUGUCCGGAAACUGCAAGGGCCUACAUGAACAAUUAAAGGUGGGGUGCAUGAUGCUUGAAAGCCAAUGUUGACAUUAGAAAUCACCAAAACAAACACGCCCUUGACCCAAAUGGGUGUCACCCCUGUUUUGAUAGCUCCGCCCUACACAUACAUAC